UUUUUGUCCUCUUCUCUGUCUCUCUCUCUCUCUCCCGUGGUCUGGCGGCGGGGCCGGGGCCUGACGAUAAAAAGGAGCUGUGCCUGCGGUCCAUGUGUGCGUUGAGGAGGGUCUGAAAUCCCAACAACAUUGGAUGAGAACAUUCGAAGGCUCCACAAUAUACCCAACGAUUUGCACGGGGAGUAACCGGUGGAUACUGAAGUCACAAUGCGGCCCAUGCGUAUAUUUGUUAACGAUGACCGCCACGUGAUGGCCAAGCAUGCUGCCAUCUACCCAACCCAGGAGGAGCUGGAGGCCGUGCAGAACAUGGUAUCACACACAGAGAGAGCACUCAAGGCCGUUUCUGACUGGCUGGACGAGCAGGAGAAAGCCAACGCCAAAGCAGAGGUCACCGACGUGAUGGAGACGGCCCCGAAGGACGGGGAGACCAAGGAGGGAACGGAAGACCAUGACAACUUUACCAUGGAACAGAAGAGUACAGAGCAGAAUGCCAGCAGGACCUUGAGAGGAGUGAUGCGAGUUGGGUUGGUAGCCAAAGGACUAUUGCUGAAGGGAGAUCUUGAUCUUGAACUUGUGCUGCUGUGCCGGGACAAACCUACCAAGUCGUUGCUAACAAAUGUCAAGGAGAAUCUGGCUGUGCAGUUUGCGAGCAUUACUGAAGAAAAGUACGAGAUUACCGCCUCAAUUCAAGAUGCAGCUAUUGUCAUAAAGAACGACAAAGAGGAGCCACUGACGCUGAAGAUUAAGCUGACUUCACCACUGGUGCGGGAAGAGUUGGAGAAGCAGGCCGCUGGAGAAACAGUAACGGUGAAUGAGCCUGCGGAUGUAUUGGACAGGCAGAAAUGCCUAACCGCCUUGGCGUCCCUGCGACACGCCAAAUGGUUCCAGGCCAGGGCAAACGGGCUCAAGUCCUGUGUUAUCGUCAUCCGUGUCCUGCGGGAUUUGUGUUCAAGAGUCCCGACCUGGGCGCCGCUUAAAGGCUGGCCGUUGGAGUUGAUCUGUGAAAAGGCCAUUGGAACUGCUAACCGUCCUUUGGGGGCAGGAGAGGCUAUGCGACGUGUCUUGGAGUGCCUGGCUUCGGGGAUUUUAAUGCUAGACGGUCCCGGUAUCUACGAUCCCUGCGAAAAGGAAGCUACAGACGCCAUCGGUGCACUGACCAGGCAGCAGAGAGAGGACAUCACACAGAGUGGCCAGCACGCCCUGCGCCUGGCGGCUUUUGGACAAUUGCACAAGGUUUUGGGGAUGGAUCAGCUGCCUUCAAAGCUUCCCAAAAAACCCAAAAACGAGAAUCCAGUGGAUUACACAGUUCAAAUCCCUCCCAGCGCAUUCACCACACCGAUGAAACGCCCCAUGGACGAAGACUCUGGUGAGGACAAGUCACCAAACAAGAAAAAAAAGAAGACUCAAAAGAAAGCGUCGGCAGCAACAACGGCAGAGGAGAAAGUGGAGCCUGUACAAGCCAUGAACGCAUUAAUGAGACUUAACCAGUUGCGGCCAGGCCUUCAGUACAAGCUGAUCUCACAGACCGGGCCUGUGCACGCUCCCGUCUUCACCAUGUCUGUGGAAGUCGACGGUAAAACCUACGAGGCAUCAGGACCUUCCAAAAAGACAGCGAAACUGCACGUAGCCGUCAAGGUUUUGCAGGAUAAGGGUCUUCCGACUGGAGUGGAACCUGAGAAAGUGGAAGAAACUGUGGUUAAAGUGGAGACCAAGCCUGUUACCCCUGUCCCAGCGGCAGUAACCGUAAAGCCCCCGGCAUUAACUCCCACAGCUGAAUCUGAGAACUCCCGACAACAAGGCCCGAUCUUGACGAAACAGGGGAAAAAUCCAGUCAUGGAGCUGAAUGAGAAACGGAGGGGCCUGAAGUACGAGUUGAUCUCGGAGACGGGCGGGAGUCACGACAAGCGGUUUAUCAUGGAGGUGGAAGUUGAUGGGCAGAAGUUCAAAGGCUCGGGCUCCAAUAAGAAAGUGGCCAAGGCCUACGCUGCCCUGGCCGCCCUGGAGAAGCUCUUCCCACACCAACCUCCUGUGGAAGUGAAAAAGAAGAGAAUCAUACAGCAACCACAGCACCCCCUGGGCUAUGGCACCAUGGGGAUGGGCAUGGGAAUGGGCGGCCCUCCUCCCGGACCUCCAGCCGUGGGCCCGGUACAGAGGGGCAGAGGUCGAGGUCGUGGCAGAGGGGGCCGAGGGGGGUUCAACGCAGCCAAUAACUCUGGUUACAUGUCUUCAGGAUCGAGUUACGGUGGAGGAAACUACGGAUAUGGAGGAGGAGGAGGCGGCGGUGGUGGUGGAGGAGGAGGAGGUGGUGGAGGUGGUGGCAACAGUUACGGUUAUGGAUCUACCAAUUCUUCUGGUGGAUACGGUAACUACUACAACAGUGGCUACUCUGGCUCCGGGUCCUCCCCCGGUGGGUACGGUUACAGUCAGAGCGACGAGUACAUCACCCCCCCUCCGAAGAAGCCGGUCAAGCCGCAGCCUCCCAUGCAGAAACAGUCCUACGGCAGCUCUCCCUCCGGAGGCUAUCAGUCCCAGCAAUCCUCCUACAGCCCCAACCAGUACAGCAGCUACAGCCAGGCUCCCCUCUCGAUCCCCGUCAAGCAGAAGUCCUACAGCAACCAGAACUACUCCUACACGGGCUCCUCCUCCUCCUCCUACAGCGGCUCCUACCCGGGACAGAGUGUGGGCAGCAACAUGGACUACGACCGCAAGGGCGUCUCCGUCCUCUCGCGGUUCGGAGAGGAACCAGGCUACGGUGGCAGCUCGUCCUAUGCCUCUGGAGGCACGUCUUCAUAUUCUUCCAACACACAGGGCGGCUACGGAGGGGGAGGAGGGGGCGGUGGAGGCUCGUACUCGGGCUACCAGUCCCAGGGAGGAUAUAACGCACCCUCUCCAGGGGGCUACGGCUCCAGCCCAACGUCUUAUUCCAACCAGGGGGGUGGUUAUGGCCGAGGGGAGCACAGCAUGAACGCCUAUCAGUACAGAUAGAGCCCACCCGCCCGCCGGGGGCUGCCGGCCGACACACACACACACAUACACACACACACGCACGCAC